AUGUACCACCGAAAACGGUUCAGAUCGGUGAAGUUCUACUCAAUUCCUAACCGGCAAAAGAGGCCAAGGGCUGAGACACGGUGUGGAUGCCCUGCAAGGAUGCAGGUUCGCAUGGACGAUGAAUUAGGACGUCGGUACGUUGCGUACUUUUCAGACGAGCAUAAUCACUCCGUUCUUGAAUUGCGAUUUUCUUCCAUGCUCCCAAGCCAUCGGAGGAUGAGCGAAGUGGACAUUGAGCAGAUGAAUGACAUACGCAAAGGGGGCAUUCCCGUAUCACGAAUUCACGGUUUUAUGGCAAGCCUAGCCAACGGGUAUUAUAAUGUCCCUUACACAACAAGGGAUAUGCACAAUGUAAAUGCAAAGCAACAAAGGGAGGGUGGCCUAGAUGCGGAAUCAUGUUUAAGGUAUCUCCGAGAGUUCAAGGCAAAUGAUCCAGCACUGUACUACAAAGAAGUUGUUGACGGGGAGGGCAUGUUACAACAUUUGUUUUGGUGUGAUGGCACCAACAAAAUUGAUUACCAGGUAUUUGGAGAUGUCGUUGCAUUUGAUGCAACGUACAAGAAAAACAUUUAUCUUUCACUUUUGGUAGUCUUCUCUGGUGUAAAUCACCACAAUGAAAUGGUUAUCUUUGCCGCUGCACUCGUGGCCAAUGAGAAAGAAGAGACCUAUGCCUGA